AUGGAGACCCUGCGCCGCAGCCUGUCCCGCUGGAAGCGCUACCACAUCCAGGUGCACGUGUCCGAGGAGGACCUGCUGCUGCCGCUGACGGUGCGACCGGCAGACACCGUGAGCGACCUGCGAGCCCAGCUAGUGCGCCAGGGAGUCUCGUCCUGGAAGAAGGCUUUCUACUAUAACGCCAAGCGGCUGGGCGAGCAGGACACCCUCCGCGAGGUCAACGUGCAGAACGGCUCUGUCCUGCUGCUCGUCAGUGACUCCAGGUGCCAAGGGGAGCGAGGGGGUAGGCCUGGGCCUCUGCUCUGGUGGGGAAUGUAG